AUGCAUGUCUUUCACAGGUAUCACAAUCAAUGUGCCGUCGGCCACCUGCUCUUUGAGGCCUUCCGUGGCAGGCCUUCCGUGGGCACAACCCGUAACCAACGAAUCGUGCAUGUCUUCGGGUGUCCUCAACUCGGACACAUUGGACGCGACGUGGACGCUUGCUAUUCGACCGACGGGGCUUGGCAGCUUACCUUGAGGGAAUCCAGGGCGGACGAAUUUCCCUCCGAUGGGAACGGGGAGGCGGAAGCUCUCCCCAUCGAGGAAGCCGGCUCUGCAGCUUAUCCCGAAAGGUGCACCUUGAUGCAUACUGACCGUUCAGGAAACCCGUACGGCCGGACGGAUAUCUGGCGAAGAGGAAUUAAGGAUUUCCCAAUUAAGCUAUCCGAGCUAUGUGAAUGCAAGGAUGCGAUUGAGGACCUCAGCAUUGAGGCCUCCUUAAUACAACCCCGCGGAGACGGCUGGAUAUCCUAA